AUGCUCUUGGUAAAACAGUGUUUCGAGUGGUUCAAAAAAUUCAAAAGUGGUGAUUUUGACGUGAGAAACAAAGAGCGUGGGAAACCACCGAAAAAGUUUGCAGACAACAAAUUGCAAGCUUUAUUGGAUAAAGAUAAUACUCAAACUCAACAAAAACUCGCGGAUCAAUUGAAUGUGAUGCAGAAAGCCGUCUUCGUUCGUUUGAAAGCUAUGGGAAAAAUUCAGAAAGAGGUCGACCUUGGUGCCGGACGGUGUAUUGGGCAAAUUUCGACGAAGGCAACGUUGCUGAGAGCGUUCGAGAAGGUGACUCUAAAGGACAAGGUCUCAGUCAGCAAUACCGGUGACAGUGCGGAGCGGCGACAAUGGAACGACGGAGAUCAAUAUCGGCGGCCGGACGAGAAAACCAAGAGUGAAAAGAAGGAGGCGGCGAGUAACGAAACGGAGAGACGGUGCUUUAACUGCGAUCAGCGAGAAUACACGGCUGCAGAUUGUCCUACGAAAGCGCAGGGUGCGAAAUGUUUUCAGUGUGGUGAGCGAGGACACAUUGCCGCGAAAUGCACUAAGAAACAAAAUGUUGUGCAAAGCGUCGAGGUAACCACGACCAAGGAAAACAACAUGAUUAAUCAGAUCAUUAGCCGAAUCUGGGGCAUAGUGCCGAUUACGUUAAUCGUCGUACUCGCGCUGCUGUGUCUACUACUAAUAAUCCAUGUCGUGCGCAGCCGUUUCCGCGGCCGUCUAUCUUCGGAAGCAUCAUAUGCGCUGUAUCCGCAGCAAUAUUACAAGAGUGUGCCCGUGUACGAUAUGCUGAUGCAUCGGAACAAGAAGAUCAUACUUUUGCAAAAGACUGUUGAUCCCCAAAGAGAGCGCGACAAGCAAUGUGCGAAAGCAAAUUUUCAAUUUGCCAAAACUCUUUUAUACACAAUCGCCGAUGAGAUUUCGCAAAACUUGCGUAACAAUUGCGAUUCAGCAACGUCGAUGUCUAAACUCUUAAAUGGAUCCUUAUAAAUUGAGAUUAAAAUUAUUUGUGGAUAGAUAAAUGGCCCGUAGUGCAUAAAAAAUUAUUGAAAUGUUUCAAAAUUAUUUCUAAAAUUAUAUAGAAAAUGAUGGGUAAAAUAAACCGAUUUUAAGAUCAGAAUAGCAAGUAGAAAUGGUAUGUUUUGCGUAGCUUUUAGAUCUGAUUUUAUCUUUCAACAAACUUUAAUUUGUCAAAAAAGUAUUAAAAUUAGUAUAAAUUUAAACUAUUAAACAUUUAGUAUCAUAAAUUAUUAUUAUUGAGCUUUAAGAACAUAUUAAUUCGUUCACUUCAAGCAUAUUAUACAUAUAUUUCUGCAUAUCUAUUAUAUAUUUUGUACUAGUACAAAUAAUAAUACUCUCAUCUUUAAUAAUUCAUGUUCUGCUUGAUUAAAACAAUUAAAAAAAUUAAUAUCUAAAAACAAAGACAUUUAAGAAAAUUAUUAAUAAUUAUUCUAAGAAUAAUUAAUAAUUAAUUCUAAAAACGAAGGUAUUGUUGAUGAGAAUUAUUUUAAAUCUUGAUUUGGGAUCUGACAUCAUUCAUCAUGUCUUUUAAGAAAACUUUUAUGCAAAGUAUUUUUGUAUUGUAUUGUAGUAUUUUACUACUAGAAAUUGAAAGAUUCAAGCAAAAAAUAUUUUUAAACACUGCUUUAGCCGAAUAGGGUCUUUAUUAUUAUUAAUAAUUUGUUUACAUAUUGAUUGAUUUUUGUUUAAUAUUAUUUAUUUUCAGGGUUGGUAAGUAACUCAUUAUUCGUAACAAAGUUACACAAUUACUUUUCUCAGUAACUGUAACUUAACUUUAUUCGUCUUUAAAUUUAUUCGUCUUCAACAUUUGCGUUAAACAAAUUAAUGAGAUAAAUCAUCUUUGAGAAUAACAACAAUAUAAACAUUAACAUUGAGAUUAGCUCAUAUACAAAUUAAUAACAACGAUAGUGGCUAAUAAACGAGCAAAAAUUCAGGAUGUUCGUAUAAAGUGUAGUUUGUAUUUAAUAACAACUUUUUGUCACAAACGUUUCGACUGGGAGUCUUCUUCAGUGUGUAUAAUGACUUUUACAUUACAAUGCUAACAACUUUUUUUAAACGCGGCUUAAAGUUUGAAUAUGAUAAAGUAGUUAAAGUAGACCAUGAACUUUAACUACUGUAUCAUAUAAGUAAAUAAUUUAUUGUAGUAAUGUAAAAAUUCUAAAAACAUUUUUGUGUGUAUUUAAAAUAGUAUAGUGCAUAAACAUUAUAAGUUAAUAAACAAGUAACUGAAAAGUAACGUUACUUUUAAAUAACUAUAAUUCUCUAUAAUGUGUUACUUAGAGUUGGUAACUUGUAACUUUUUGAGAAAAAAAAAGUUAUCACUGUAACUAGUUAUUGCUACAAGGUAACUUUUCUAAUUCUGUUCAUUUUACUUCAGUUUUAUAUUUUCAUUAUCACAUCGUUCUUAUAAUAUCUUCUUAUAUAUUUAAUAGCUUCAUAAUUUUGAUAUUUUUCCGACAAAUUAAAAUUAUUUAAGUCAGAAUUAUUUAAGUCAGGAUUAAAUUCAGCAAGUUCAAGUAAUUACAUAAAGUAUACUCAUCAUUCUGAGAACCAAAAUCCGUUCGUUCUAUCCAUCGUCUUUUAUUAAGUUUAAGUGUCAAAAUUCUGUUAAAUUCGAGCAUAUAUGUAGUAAACUUUUCCUAUUCUUGCGAAUAAAAGAAGAUUCCUUUAAAAAUAGCAGCGGUUAAUUUGCAACUCGAUAUCUUAGAAGGAAAAUUCUUUGCUAAGCAUACGUACGUGAAACUGCCGUUAACAUCUCGCUAAUUCGACGUUAAAGCGAAUGCCGGCAGGAGCCGGAGAAUGUUGCGGAAUGUUGUGCACGAUAAUGCAUAAGGAAGUCUCUCUUUGGGUGUGGCUGAAAAUACUUUGAGUAGAUUCAAUAUUAUUUGUAAGCGGCAGUGAGUGUUGCGAACUUUGGGAAGGAGAAAAGGAAAAGAAUAAGCAAAGAGAAAACCGCCAAUUUGCACCAAUCUUGUACUACGUUUGUCGAAUCCUCUUGAAUCCUUUAACUUAAUAUGAAUACGUUGCGUAAUCUGUAAAUUAUAAUAUAAUUAAAAACGUAGCGUAAUUACUAUAAGAAUUAUUAAUAUAAGAAUAAGUUAAUAUAUUAAUUAAUGUAAGAACAAAUGUAUUAAUAUUAAUCCAUAAUAGGACUCUAACUUAAAUAAAAAAUCACACAUAAAAGAAACAGUUCUACACCGUAUAGUAUUAGUUCUCUUGAUCUCUGGACCAUCAUUAUCUCGUAUUAUAUUAAUGCAUGUUUACACAAAGUAAAAUGUAUUCAAAUUUUUUGUAUGCAGAUA